AUGCCAAUUAUUGAGCAUGAAGGUGAAGAGUAUCACCUUUCUCACGAACAAUCCGAAGCUUUGGAUCAAUUUCAGAUGAUUUCAUCUUAUCCAGAGAAUGAUUUACCCUUGAUAAUUAAGUUACUAGAAUUAUAUGGUUGGAAUAUAGAACGUGCACUGGCUGCAUAUUACGAUGGAGACUGGAAAAACCUAGUUACCGAACCUGCACCACCAAUUCAUAGAGAAACAUUGCCACAACAACAACAACAACUAUUUAAUGAUUCUGAUGACACCGGUGAAAAUUUACCCAUUUUGAUGGACCACACUCUAUUUGUUCCUAAAUUACCAGUUUCAAAACCUUUGCCAGUAGAUUAUCAAACACAUUUUAAGUUGGUUGGUCUGGGUUUAAACGAUAACGAUGACAGUAAAAAAAAUGUUUCAUUUCUGCCCUCUCAUAAAUUAUUGUUAUUUCUAUUAUUAAUCCCACAAACAAUUGGUUCGCUAAGUCUGAAACUAUUAACACUGCUCUGGAAACUACUAAGCUUUUCGUUUUUAUUUAAUAUCAACAAAGAUGUUUCAAACAAAAAUAAAGUUAUGAAGAUUCCUAUAAAACCCAGAAUUUAUAGAAAUGAUAGCAAUGCCAAUAGUGGUGGCCUUAAUAGUUUAAAUUCCAUAGAGCAUCCAGAGUACACAAUUAAAGAUGUCAUUUUAAAAAACCCAUCAUUUAAUUUAGACACUGUAUUGAAAAAUGUCGAUAACACAAACAAAGUUUUCAAUGAAUUAUAUUCAAACAGUGAAAAUGAGUUUAAAUUCAUGCUAGUUAUUUUAUUAGGCAAUUUGUUGGAACACGAUGAUGCACUUGGAAGUCAAGAUAGAAAAGACCAAACUUUAAGUUCCGUUUCCUCUUCGAAUAAUAAGGAAGAAGUGGACGUUAACUCCGUUAAUUUUGUGAAAUAUGUUUGGAGUGAUGAAUCGGUGCAACGAUACAUCGAUACUUUGAAGGUCUCGUCUAAUAAUUCUUUAAACGUUUAUUUAGGCGAUGUAGACAAUCAGGUUGAAAGUUGGUGUGUUGCCAAAAACUAUAAUGUCGGAGUCACUCCCACUGUGUUACUACUUGGUAAUGUAUUAAAUUCGAAUAACGUUGGUGGUGCUGGUAUUAUAACUAGGAUGAGUCUACUGGGUAAUCCAAAGGUUACUUCAUCUAAAAAGUUUUUAAGAUCCUUAAAAUUCUUAAUUAAUAGGUUUGCACCAGAGUUAAUUUCUAGCCGUACUGAAAAACAUGAUUUAGAAAUGGAAAGAGAACUUAGGAAGUUACAAGAUCAAGCGUACCAGGAAUCAUUGUUACUGGACAAGAAAAAGGAGGAACAGAAAAUGAUAGAGGAAGAACUAAAAAAGAAAAGGGAAAUUGAAAAACUAGCCAAAGAGCAAGAAGCAAAAUUAAAUAACACCUUGUAUAAUUUGAAAUGGUUAAAAGAAGCCAUUCUAGAAUACCAGGUGAAAGGUGGAAAUGAUGUUGCCCUGGGUAAAGAUAAAUUAUGUACAUUACAAAUCAGAACACCAGAUGGGACAAGGUUUGUUAAAAAAUUUACCGGCUCCAUGUCAUCCUAUGACCUUUACAAGCAUAUUGGAAUUUUAUUAUAUCUAGGAAUUAGUAACUUAGACAAAACUGAAGAAGCGUUAGUAAUGAAAGUUAGGAAUUUAAUAGAUAAUCAAGGUGAAAAUACAACAUGUUUGAAAGGCUUUACUAAAGGGAAUGAAAUCGAUGAAAAAAACGUAGUUAAUGUUUUACAAGAUGAGUUUAAAAAGUACGAUUUAGAUAACACUGAAUUGAAAUUUAAUUUCCAACUAGUAUCGCCAUUUCCCAGAUACGAAGUACCUAUCAGUGAAGAUGUGCUAAUUUCCAAUAUACCAUCAAUAUGGCCCAAGGGAAACAUAUUGGUGGAAUUUGAGGAAGAAGAAGAAGAAGAAGAAGACUAUGAUGAUGAUGAUGAUGAAAGCGAAUAG